AUGACAGCUCACUCGCCGCUGCACUCGCCGUCGUCGCACCCCGAGCGACCAAAGGGCGAGUCCAACUCGUACCGGUCCAACUCGCUCAGCUCCCCAACUGCCGAGGCGGAGCCCGUAGCCAGCCCGACUGCCCAGCGUCCUCCGCUUGGGCGCGAGAAGUCGGAGAAGGAGAUCGUCCUGGAGAACACGCUGCACAAUGCCGGCGAAGGCCACCGCCGCUCGUCGUCCAACGCCCGCGGCUCGACGUCCAGACGCCAGUCGGCCACCAGCCCGCAUCUCGAUGAGAACAGCCCCCAGCUCAAGUGGGACGAGGCCAAUCUCUACCUGAACGAGCAGAACCGCGACAGCACAAUGAAGAUUGACGAGCCCAAGACACCCUACGCCAAGCAAUACGACCCUGCCGAGGACGAGGACGAGAUUGAGAUGCUCGAUGCCAGUGAGCUGAACGUCGACGAGCUGGACGCGAAGCCAAGGCGCAAGAAGGCCGACGACAUUCCCGAAUUCGAUCUAGGCGAGCCCGAGCUGCGAGCGCGCCGCGAGUCCCAAACACCGGAGAGCGAGAAGCGCGUACUGGUCGACCCCGAUGAGGACAAGGGCUACCACGGCGAGCUGCCUCCCAACGCCACGCAGGAAGAGAAGGACAAGCACCGCAAGUUUGAGGAGCUGCGAAAGAAGCACUACGAGAUGAAGAACGUCAAGGAUCUGCUGGGCCACGUCGACGAGGACGAGGACGAUGACCAGGCGCCGCCACCAAUGCCGAACGGCCAACGUCCGUCGUAG